CGCGGCUCCGCGGGGAGCAGCCCCCGGGCGCGCCGAGCCCUCCUGUCCCCUUCCGCUACACGCGUGACCCGGCCUCGCAGCCCGCGAGGGGACUGGCCCGGGCCACGCGGCUCUCGAGUUCCCGCACAGUUCCAGAUGGUCAGCGCUCCCUGGGCCCUGGAAUCCCGCUCUGCGUUCCUGCCCGAAGUGGCCCCAGGUCUCCGAGAGUCCCGGUCGGUGGCCCGUGCCAGAGCGCUCCCUCUGCUCUGCGGCCGGCUUCUCCGGAGCCAGUAGAAGCAGAUACCAGCCAGGAUGCCGAGGACCCAGGGCUUCUCCGAGCCCGAGUACUCGGCAGAGUACUCCGCCGAGUACUCUGUCAGCUUGCCUUCGGACCCUGACCGCGGGGUGGGCCGGACCCAUGAAAUCUCUGUCCGGAACUCGGGGUCGUGCCUCUGCUUGCCUCGCUUCAUGCGGCUGACCUUCGUACCAGAGUCCUUGGAGAACCUGUACCAGACCUACUUCAAGAGGCAGCGCCAUGAGACCCUGCUGGUGCUGGUGGUCUUCGCGGCCCUCUUCGACUGCUAUGUGGUGGUCAUGUGCGCCGUGGUCUUCUCUGGCGACAAGCUGGCCCCCCUCGCUGUGGCCGGGGUCGGGCUGGUGUUGGACAUCAGCCUCUUUGUGCUCUGCAAAAAGGGGCUGCUCCCCAACCGGGUCACUCGGAGAGUGGUCCCAUACCUGCUGUGGCUGCUGAUAUCAGCCCAGGUCUUCUCAUACCUGGGCCUGAACUUCUCCCGUGCCCACGCAGCCAGCGACACGGUGGGCUGGCAGGCCUUCUUCAUCUUCUCCUUCUUCAUCACGCUGCCGCUCAGCCUCAGCCCCAUUGUCAUCAUCUCCGUGGUCUCCUGCGUCGUGCACACACUCGUCUUGGGGGUCACCGUGGCCCAGCAGCAGCAGGAUGGGCUGAAGGGAGUGCAGUUGCUGAGGGAGAUUCUGGCCAACGUGUUCCUCUACCUGUGCGCCAUCGUCGUGGGCAUCAUGUCCUACUACAUGGCAGACCGCAAGCACCGCAAGGCCUUCCUGGAGGCCCGCCAGUCUCUGGAGGUGAAGAUGAACCUGGAGGAGCAGAGUCAGCAGCAGGAGAACCUUAUGCUCUCCAUCCUGCCCAAGCACGUGGCUGACGAGAUGCUGAAGGACAUGAAGAAGGACGAGAGCCAGAAGGACCAGCAGCAGUUCAACACCAUGUACAUGUACCGCCACGAGAACGUCAGCAUCCUCUUUGCUGAUAUCGUGGGCUUCACCCAGCUGUCCUCAGCCUGCAGCGCCCAGGAGCUUGUGAAGCUGCUCAAUGAGCUCUUUGCCCGCUUUGACAAGCUGGCGGCUAAAUACCACCAGCUGCGGAUUAAGAUCCUGGGCGACUGUUACUACUGCAUCUGUGGGCUGCCUGACUACCGCGAGGACCACGCCGUCUGCUCCAUCCUCAUGGGGCUCGCCAUGGUGGAGGCCAUCUCGUAUGUGCGGGAAAAGACGAAGACUGGGGUGGACAUGCGAGUGGGGGUGCACACGGGCACCGUGCUGGGGGGUGUCCUCGGCCAGAAACGCUGGCAGUACGAUGUGUGGUCCACCGACGUCACCGUGGCCAACAAGAUGGAGGCUGGCGGCAUCCCGGGGCGCGUGCACAUCUCCCAGAGCACCAUGGACUGCCUGAAAGGAGAGUUCGACGUGGAGCCGGGUGAGGGGGGCAGUCGCUGUGAUUACCUGGAAGAGAAGGGCAUCGAGACCUACCUCAUCAUCGCUUCCAAGCCAGAGGUGAAGAAGACAGCUGCCCAAAACGGCCUCAAUGGCUCGGCCCUGCUGAACGGAGCGCUGCCUUCCUCAAAGCCCAGCUCCCCUGCCCUCAUUGAGACCAAGGAGUCCAACGGGAGCAUUCACACCAGUGGCUCUAUAUCUGAGGAGCUGGAGGAGCAAGAUGCCCAGGCCGACAACCCCUCGUUCCCCAACCCUCGCCGGAGGCUGCGCCUUCAGGACCUGGCUGAUCGCGUGGUGGACGCCUCUGAGGACGAGCAUGAGCUCAACCAGCUACUCAACGAGGCGCUACUGGAGCGGGAGUCUGCCCAGGUAGUGAAGAAGAGAAACACCUUCCUCCUGUCCAUGCGGUUCAUGGACCCCGAGAUGGAAACCCGCUACUCGGUGGAGAAGGAGAAGCAGAGCGGGGCUGCCUUCAGCUGCUCCUGCGUCGUCCUGCUCUGCACGGCCGCGGUGGAGAUCCUCAUUGACCCCUGGCUUAUGACGAACUAUGUGACCUUUGUGGUUGGGGAGGCUCUGCUCCUGAUCCUGACGAUCUGCUCGCUGGCUGCCAUCUUUCCGCGGGCCUUUCCUAAGAAGCUCGUGGCCUUCUCUACUUGGAUCGAUCGGACACGCUGGGCCAGGAACACCUGGGCCAUGCUGGCCAUCUUCAUUCUGGUCAUGGCAAACGUGGUGGACAUGCUGCCACGGCCCAGCCUUUUCUUAACAGUGUCUGCUGUCCCCUUGCAUCCCAUGCUCUCCCCAUCCACUCAUGGUCCUGGCCUCCAGCUCAGUUGUCUCCAGUACUACACAGGACCCACCAAUGGCACCGCAGAGAUGCAGGUGGAAGAUGGCUGCGUGGAGAACCCCAAGUAUUACAGCUACGUGGCCGUGCUGUCCCUCAUCGCCACCAUCAUGCUGGUGCAGGUCAGCCACAUGGUCAAGCUCACACUCAUGCUGCUCAUUGCGGGUGCCGUGGCUGUCAUCAACAUCUACGCCUGGUGCCCCAUCUUUGAUGACUACGACCGCAAACGCUUCCAGCAACACGACUUUCCGAUGGUGGCCUUAGAGAAGAUGCAGGUGUUUUCCAGCUCGGGGCUCAAUGGCACUGACAGGCUGCCCCUGGUGCCGUCUAAGUACUCGAUGACAGUGAUGAUCUUCGUCAUGAUGCUGAGCUUUUACUACUUCUCCCGCCAUGUGGAAAAGCUGGCACGGACACUGUUCUUGUGGAAGAUUGAGGUCCACGACCAGAAGGAACGUGUCUAUGAGAUGCGACGCUGGAAUGAAGCCUUGGUCACCAACAUGCUGCCUGAGCACGUGGCACGCCAUUUCCUGGGGUCCAAGAAGAGAGAUGAGGAACUGUACAGCCAGUCUUAUGAUGAGAUUGGAGUUAUGUUUGCCUCCCUGCCCAAUUUUGCUGACUUCUACACAGAGGAGAGCAUCAAUAAUGGCGGCAUUGAAUGUCUGCGCUUCCUCAAUGAGAUCAUCUCAGAUUUUGACUCUCUUCUGGACAAUCCCAAGUUCCGGGUCAUCACCAAGAUCAAGACCAUUGGUAGCACCUACAUGGCAGCUUCAGGAGUCACCCCAGAUGUCAACACCAAUGGCUUUACCAGCUCCAACAAGGAGGAGAAGUCAGACAAGGAGCGCUGGCAGCACCUGGCAGAUCUGGCCGAUUUUGCGCUGGCCAUGAAGGACACGCUCACCAACAUCAACAACCAGUCCUUCAACAACUUCAUGCUGCGCAUUGGAAUGAACAAAGGAGGGGUCCUGGCUGGGGUCAUUGGAGCCCGGAAGCCACACUACGACAUCUGGGGCAACACAGUCAAUGUGGCCAGCAGGAUGGAGUCCACAGGGGUCAUGGGCAACAUCCAGGUGGUAGAAGAAACCCAAGUCAUCCUUCGAGAGUACGGCUUCCGCUUCGUGAGGAGAGGGCCCAUCUUUGUGAAAGGGAAGGGGGAACUGCUAACCUUCUUCUUGAAGGGCCGAGACAAGCUGGCCACCUUCCCCAAUGGCGCCUCAAUCACACUGCCUCACCAGGUAGUAGACAACUCCUGA